CCAGAUCCUGGUUACCUGAUGGGCGUGCGAGAGCUGUGCACCCGGCACCAGGUUCUGUUUAUUGCUGAUGAGAUACAGACAGGAUUGGCCAGAACUGGAAGGUGGCUGGCUGUGGAUCAUGAAGGGGUCAGACCUGAUGUGGUUCUUCUGGGAAAGGCGCUUUCCGGUGGCUUGUACCCUGUGUCGGCCGUGUUGUGUGACGAUGAAGUAAUGCUGACCAUUAAGCCGGGGGAGCACGGGUCCACGUACGGAGGCAACCCGCUGGGCUGCCGAGUGGCCAUUGCGGCCCUGGAGGUUUUGGAAGAAGAAAACCUUGCCGAAAAUGCAGAGAAGAUGGGUAAUAUCCUGAGGAAUGAGCUCAUGAAGCUGCCGUCUGACAUCGUCACAGCCGUCAGGGGGAAAGGAUUGCUAAAUGCUAUUGUUAUUCGGGAAACCAAAGAUUAUGAUGCUUGGAAGGUGUGUCUACGGCUUCGAGAUAAUGGACUCCUGGCCAAGCCGACCCACGCCAACCCUACCCAUCAUUCUAGGCCUGACUCGGACAUCGCCACCUCCAGGAAGCCCUCUUUGACUGUGCCAGGCGUGGUGAACAUGGACGUGGGGGUGGACGGAGCCUGGCGUUACCUGCUGCAGAUCCGCGGUGGAGUCCUGGGCCCAUUGCCUACCAGUAUGUGUCCUUGGGCUGUUGUGAACCUGAUUGCUUACCUGUGA